CCGCCCACCCCGGAAGUGGGGGCGGAGCUAAUGAAGCAUCGGCGCUCAGUGGGCGGAAGUGGCUGUGGGAGGCUUUAAGGUGCUUUAAAUUCUCGCUGUCUCGAGAGCUCCCCCAUUUCAGUUGGAGUCGAGCUCCGCGUGACAGAUGGCUGUGGACGUGAAGUCGCGAGCAAAGCGUUAUGAAAAACUGGACUUCCUCGGCGAGGGACAGUUUGCCACGGUUUACAAGGCCAGAGACAAGAACACCAACCAAAUUGUCGCCAUUAAGAAAAUCAAACUUGGACAUAGAUCAGAAGCUAAAGAUGGUAUAAAUAGAACAGCUUUAAGAGAGAUAAAAUUAUUACAGGAGCUAAGUCAUCCAAAUAUAAUUGGUCUCCUUGAUGCUUUUGGACAUAAAUCUAAUAUUAGCCUUGUCUUUGAUUUUAUGGAAACUGACCUAGAGGUUAUAAUAAAAGAUAACAGUCUUGUGCUGACACCAUCACACAUCAAAGCCUACAUGUUGAUGACUCUUCAAGGAUUAGAAUAUUUACAUCAACAUUGGAUUCUACAUAGGGACCUAAAACCAAACAACUUGUUGCUAGAUGAAAAUGGAGUUCUAAAACUGGCAGAUUUUGGCCUGGCCAAAUCAUUUGGGAGCCCCAGUAGAGCUUAUACACAUCAGGUUGUAACCAGGUGGUAUCGGGCCCCUGAGCUACUAUUUGGAGCUAGAAUGUAUGGUGUAGGUGUGGACAUGUGGGCUGUUGGCUGUAUAUUAGCAGAGUUGCUCCUAAGGGUUCCUUUUUUGCCAGGAGAUUCAGACCUUGAUCAACUAACAAGAAUAUUUGAAACUUUGGGCACACCAACUGAAGAACAGUGGCCUGACAUGUGUAGUCUUCCAGAUUUCGUGACAUUUAAGAGUUUCCCUGGAAUCCCGUUACAGCAUAUCUUCAUUGCAGCAGGAGAUGACUUGCUAGAUCUUAUACAAGGCUUAUUCUUAUUUAAUCCAUGUACUCGAAUUACAGCCACACAGGCAUUGAAAACUAAGUAUUUCAGUAAUCGGCCAGGGCCAACACCUGGAUGUCAGCUGCCAAGACCAAACUGUCCAGUGGACGCUUUAAAGGAGCAGUCCAACCCAGCCGCGGCAACAAAACGGAAGAGAACAGAGGCCUUGGAACAAGGAGGAUUACCCAAGAAGCUAAUUUUUUAGUUACAGAGAACACUGGACAAUAUUGUACUACUGAAGGAUAUAGUGAAAAAGGCAAAAUAGUAAACAUUAAUUAAAUGCUUUAAAAGAAAUCUGUAAAUAUUCUAUUUAUGUAAAAUAUGUAAAACUGGGUUAUUUUAUUAAAUGUAUUUUAAAACAAACUUAAUUCUGAUUUUUCUGAUUAGAGUGCAACAGUAAGAUAAGUUUAAUUCUCUGAAAUGUAGAGUUGAAAAUGCAUUAAGGAAUUCUUAAUAAAAAUAACUAUCAGUUAUUUUAAUGAUCUG